AUGUCGGACUGCCUGGAGACCCUCACGUCCGCCAGCGACAGCUUCCGGCUCGCCGUCGCGUCCGACGCAGCCUGCUGCUCCACCUCGCCGCGGGAGUCCGCGGUGCGCGCGCUCGGGAACAUCGUCUGCGCCGUCGACCCCGACACCCUCGUAUCCCUCGGCGCGCUCCCGCGGCUGGCGCACGUGCUGCGAGUCGGGUCCCCCGGCGCGCAGCAGGCGGCGGCGUCGGCGGUGUGCAAGAUCUCCGGCAGCGGCGAGAGGGACAUGAAGCGUCUCAUCGGCGAGCACGGCUGCGUGCCGCCGCUGGUGCGGAUGCUGGACGCCAAGUCCGCCGGCGCGCGCGAGGCGGCCGCGCAGGCGCUGGCGAGCCUGGCGGCGCACCCGGCCAACGCGCGCGAGACGAGGAGGGACGAGCGGAGCGUGCCGAGCCUGGUGCAGCUGCUCGACCCGAGCCCGGCCAACACGGCCAAGAAGUACGCCGUCGCGUGCCUGCUGGCGCUGUCGUCGGCGAAGCGGUGCAAGAGGAUGAUGAUCUCGCAUGGUGCCAUUGGGUACCUCAAGAAGCUCACCGACAUGGAGGUCGCCGGCGCCGGGGACCUGCUCGAGCGGCUGGAGGAGCGCGGCAGGCUCCGGAGCAUCUUCAGUAAGAGCUGA